GAAUGCAGUUAGAGGAGCCUGGGAGACAGAGUGGCUGGACCUCGCCUAAGCUGUGUCUCUGACUCCUUUGUGACUUUAGGCAAGUUCUUUCAGUGGGGAAAAUGGCGAAGAUGAUCAGUUUCGUCCUUCUCACCACUGUUCUGGUAAUGGGCAGGGAAAGCUGGGCUCUCGAGAACUGCCUUCAGGAGCAGGCGCGGCUCAGAGCCCAGGUGCACCUGCUUGAGACCCGGGUCAAGCAGCAGCGGGUCAAGAUUGCGCAGCUUUUGCACGAGAAGGAAGUCCAGUUCCUUGAUAAAGGAGAGGAGAAUAGCGUCAUUGACCUUGGAGGCAAGAGGCAAUACGCAGAUUGUUCAGAGAUUUUCAAUGAUGGGUAUAAGCAGAGUGGAUUUUACCAAAUCAAACCUCUCCAGAGCCCAGCAGAAUUCUCUGUUUAUUGUGACAUGUCUGAUGGAGGAGGAUGGACUGUAAUUCAGAGACGAUCUGAUGGCAGUGAGAACUUUAACAGAGACUGGAAUGACUAUGAAAAUGGCUUUGGAAAUUUUGUCCAAAAAAAUGGUGAAUAUUGGCUGGGUAAUAGAAAUCUUCACUUAUUGACUACACAAGGAGACUACACAUUAAAAAUCAACCUUGCAGAUUUUGAAAAAAAUAGCCGUUAUGCUCAAUAUAGAAAUUUCAAAGUUGGAGAUGAAAAGAAUUCCUAUGAUUUGCAUAUUGGGGAAUAUUCUGGAACAGCUGGAGACUCCCUUGCAGGGAAUUUUCAUCCUGAAGUGCAAUGGUGGGCCAGUCACAAAAGAAUGAAAUUCAGCACAUGGGACAGAGAUAACGACAACUACGAAGGGAACUGUGCAAAAGAAGAUCAGUCUGGCUGGUGGUUUAACAGGUGUCACUCUGCAAACCUGAAUGGUUUAUAUCACACGGGCCCCUACACGGCUAAAACGGACAAUGGGGUAGUCUGGCACACCUGGCAUGGAUGGUGGUAUUCCUUGAAAUCUGUGGUUAUGAAAAUUAGGCCAAAUGAUUUUAUUCCAAAUAUUGUUUAAUUGUCCCUGCUGAGCUUUCAUUUCUGCAGUUCAUCUUGGUUUAAGUGAUUUGAAAAAUAGCAAAUCUAAACAUUCACAUGUAUAAUGAUGGCAAUUGUUAUGUGCACUGCUUUUCAUUCUCACUUGCCUUUAUUAAUCAAUGUACUUUCAGUACAGCAAAUAAGUGAUAUUCACCAAAUAAAUGUAGAUUAUGUUACUA